AUGGCUGUGGAGAUUUUGGCCCGAGAUGGCUCAAGUGGUGAAGCUCUUGCGCCGCCGCUUUCGCAGGCUGUGGGGUACGUUGUUGUGGUAGCGGUUGGGCUGGUCAUCGCUUUUGGAAUGGUUUUUGUAACCAAGAUCUUGAAGAAGACUGUCGGUGAGGAUAACGAAAAGACGGAAGUAUUCAUGACAGCCAAUCGUUCUGUAACUCGAGGCCUUACCUCAUCAGCUGUCAUCUCCUCCUGGUUAUGGAGUACCGCCAUGCUCGGAUCUUCAUUGGUCGGGUACCAGUACGGCGUCUCCGGCCCCUUCUGGUUUGCGGCAGGGUGCAGCCCUAUGAUUGUGUUCUUCGCACUCCUGGGUAUUUCUUGCAAAAGAAAGAUUCCAGAAGCACACACCCUGCUCGAGAUUGUCAGGAUUCGUUAUGGAAACAUCGCCCACAUCGUUUACAUGGUACUUUGCCUGUUGAACAACCUGUUUGCUUGCGCAAACAUGCUGCUGGGUGCUUCUGCUGUCAUCACGGCCAUGACCGGAAUGCAUGUCAUCGCGGCAACCUUCCUUCUUCCGGUCGGUGUCGCGCUCUACACCUUCGUCGGUGGCAUCAAAGCAACCUUCCUGACUGAUUACCUCCACACCUUCACCAUCCUCAUCAUUCUCUGCUUCUUCACCGUCAAGGCCUUCACAGUCGAGGAGAUAGGCUCUCUCUCCAAUCUCUUCGAAAUUUUCCAGCAAGCCGGCUUCCGCCAUCCGGUCUCAGGAAACCACGAUGGCUCGUACUUGACCAUGACGUCCAAAGGCGGCAUCCUCUUCGGCAUCAUCCACAUCUGCGCCAACUUCGGCCUCGUCAUCAUGGACACCAGCUUCUUCAUCAAGGCCUUCGCCGCCUCCCCCUCGGCCGUCGUCCCGGGCUACGUAAUCGGCGGCAUCGCCUACUUCGCCAUCCCCUGGGCCGUCGGCACGCUCGCCUCCUCGCUCGUCCUCGGCCUGGAGUCGUCCGCCAUCUUCCCCACCUACCCUCGGCGCAUGACUUCUGUUGAAGUGUCGAACGGGCUAGUUUUGCCGUACGCCUUCAUCCUCGUCGCGGGAAAGGGCGGCGCAGCGUGCAUACUGCUGAUCACCUUCAUGGCCGUGACGUCGACGCUGUCGGCGCAGGUGAUCGCCGUGAGCAGUAUCCUCGCGUUCGACGUGUACCGGACGUACGUGAACCGCGGGGCGGGCGAUGCGGAUGUGAUUCGGUGGUCGCAUUAUGGGGUUGUGGGGUUCGCGGUGUUCGCGGCGGCGUUUAGUACGAUGUUGCAUUAUGUUGGGAUCGAUUUGGGGUGGACGCUGUAUAUGCUCGGCGUAAUAACCUGCCCCGGCAUCUUCCCCACCGCCCUCACCAUCCUCUGGCGCCAGCAAUCACGCGCCGCCGCCAUCCUGGCACCCACCCUCGGCAUGGCGACCGGCAUAGCCGUGUGGCUCGGCACGGCUCACGCUUUCUACGGCGAAGUGUCCAUAGCGUCUACCGGCGCGACGCUGCCGUGCAUGUACGGCACAGUUGCGGCGACGGUUGCGCCGCUACCGUACUCGCUCGCCAUCACCGCACUGACGGGCGGGCAGGGGUGGGAGUGGAGCGAGUUCAGGCGGGAGAAGUUGGCGUUUGAGGUGGAGGUUAGUGGGCGGGAUGCGGGGUUGGAGAGGGCGGUGGAGAGGGGGGUGGAGGGAGAAGGGGGAGGCGAGGAUGUGGAGGAGGCGAGGAAGAGGUUGAAGAGGUGGGGGAGGAUUGCGGCGGGGUGGGCGGCGGCGACAUUUUUGGGGCAUUGGGUGCUGUGGCCGUUGCCUAUGUAUGCGGCGAGGUAUGUGUUUGGGGAGAAGUUCUUCGCGGCGUGGCUCGUCAUCGCCAUCAUUUGGCUGUGGGGGACGCUGCUGGUUGCGGGAUUUUACCCGCUAGUUGAUGGCCGCGACCAGAUUCUAGCAGUGUGGAGGGGUCUUCGAUCCGGUUCUGGGAAGUCACACCAGGGUAACGCUGACAACUCGACAUCCGCCAGCGAUGGUGAAGGCAAUGGCUCGGACGGAUCGAAGACGACAACGCCGGGAGAGUCCAAGAACGAGAGUUCGUUUGACGUCAUCGCGAAGGCUGAGACGAUAGGAAAGUAA